GUCUGAUAUUCUGAUAUUCUGAUAUCAGAUGAAAGAAACACCCCCACUAAUGAUAUACAAGUCAAAUGCAACAUCGUUAGGACUACGAUCACACAAGAGAUCCAGACUACGAAACAUGAUUGGCCUAGUCGCAUCUGGCACAGCGAGCACAGUCCUACGCAGGAAAUUAAAAAUUCAAUAUCACAUCCGCCACUUUACAGGGUAUUUCACAUUGCCGGCGGCUAUAUCGAGCGGUGAAUCCCGUAGGGCUUUCAAGCGGGGUGCCGAGUCAACUGUCUCGGCCAUAGGUCGUGCAUAUCUGCAACAGAGAGUGGGAUGAUAAUCUUAUAGGUGCUUGAUGGUAUAUAGGUUACAUUAAAAAGAUGAUAUACAUACCUACCUACCUACAUGCAGACAUGCUCACUAGGUAGAACCAGAUCUGACGCUUGCGUAUCCUAGUGGGUCAUAGCGUAAUGAAGUCCUGCAUAUCUAUAUCCGUCGUACGACCUGUGAAAGUCAUAAGGCUGAGUGAGAUUCCUCCAUUUUUAUAUUAAUCGCUUGAACUAAGCUCUCUUCCUUGUCUAACUCCAAGAGUCUCUCGCAUCCCGCCAUCAAUUAUCAUGGAGAAAGGCUCAACAGAAUCUCGAGAUCGCCUUCUCGGUGAAACAGAGUACAUCGAUGCGAAGUUCAGGAGCUCUGAUGAGUCUAAGAUAUCAAUACGCCGAUGGAUACGCAACAAUGCCCUUCUACUUGUGAUAUUUGUUCUUCUGCUAUACAUCGCCAUUUUCCUGACCAUUGACUCCGCGGCGAGAUUCGGGACGCAAAAGCAAUGCCUCGGAGCGGAUAAACACUUUAGGUUACCUGGGGACGCUGUACGGUACGAAGAGAAGCAGGAAUGGUAUACCCUUCGCGAACCUUGGAACAAGGAGCCGUCAGACGAACUUGAUGAUCUGUGGGAAGACUUAUUAUAUGCGUUGAAUAUCAGAGUUUCCCCUCAUGAAAUGGAACGACUUGGUUCAAACCUCACGAAUCGUAUCCAAGUUGAUGGUGGAGACUAUCUUGGCGUUAUGGGCGUAUACCAUCAUCUUCAUUGCCUGAAUAAUCUACGGAGGCUAGUUCAUUGGGAUUAUUAUGAGUCCCGUGUGUCAGAUGUAGGCUCUACGGGUCCUUUUGGAAAGGGGCACUCGGAUCACUGUAUCAAUGCAAUCCGUCAAGCCUUGAUGUGCCACGCAAACACCGAGAUACACACAGGACAAUGGAUUUACGACCCUGAUAGGCCUCAGGCUUCAAAACUAGGAUCGCACUCGAUAACUACAUGCGUGAAUUGGGAUAGCUUGAAUAAUUGGGCGCGUAGCAGAGCAUUGAGAUCGGGUGAAUACACCUACAGGCCUGUACCGAUCGAUGAAACCAUGUCAGAUUAGAGGAUAUAAUAACUUAUAAAUGCCUUUAAAUUCGUCAUCUGACAUGCAUUAUCAAGUACUACCCCACUGGAAGCACGAGAUCCUGCGCAAUGAUUAAGUUCUUGGUUAUAUAAUUACAACACGAGGCAGACAUAUUGGUUCCAUGAUAGUAAAUAUUCUCUUAUGUCACCACUGUAGACACAAGUAGUGUAUUUUUGAUGUAUUCUCCCCCGCACCUUGAAGCUGCGUCAGCCACGGGUAUGUAAGGAGUUCCCAAGUGCUUACGUCUUUUCUAGGCAAGGGGGAUGAUGCAACCGUAGCAGCAGAGGGUAGUAUUUGUUGGGCGUAUUCAAUGUACGACAGAAUCG